AUCUCUCUGGUUUGGAACUUUCCCUUUAAAUAUCCCCCCUAUCGGAAAAUAACGGUAGUAAGUUGCCUGCUACGGUCCGGUCAGGGUAUCUGACUUCUCGACCACCAGUGAAUUGACGUUCAGUCAGACAGGUGCGCGUGCCUUGCGAUGAGAACGCUGUUGAUAUCACUCCUCUGCGUCCUCAGCGGGGUGGAGGAGACCCUGGCCGUACCUGCCACGAGAGAGUUCUAUAUCGCCGCGGUUGAGAUCGGUUGGGACUAUCUCUACUGGGGCAGCGCUGACCCCGCAUCAGAACAAAGGAGGAGGACCAAGGAUCCCCCUCAGAAAUACAUAAAAGCUGUUUAUAGAGAAUACACUGAUUCCACAUAUUCAGUCCCCAAGCCUACACCAACAUGGGCAGGUAUCCAGGGUCCGGUGAUCCAUGCCCAGGUCAGUGACAGGGUGGUGGUGCACUUUAAGAACCUGGCGUCCCAGCCCUACAGUAUCAGCCCUGUGGGGGUCAGCUACUGGAAACAGUCUGAGGGGGCCGGAUACGAUGACGCCACGUCUAGCCAGGAGAAGGAGGAUGAUGCGGUUGCUCCAGGAGGAUACUACAAGUACGUCUGGGACAUCAACCCUAAAGACGGUCCGACCGUGGGAGACCCAGAAUGCCUCACCUACUCCUACUCCUCCCAGGUGGACACUGUACAGGACUUCAACUCUGGGCUCAUCGGGGCUCUGCUCAUCUGCAAAUCAACUGCAUUUACAGAUAAUGGAGUUCGGAAAAGCAGAGAGUUUAUUCUGCUCUUUGCUGUUUUCGAUGAGAGUAAGAGCUGGUACGGAGAGGUGGGGAGUUUCCGGGAAAGAUUUAAGAAGGCCAGUGCAAGAAAACAGUAUCAUACUAUCAAUGGAUACGUCAACUCAACUUUACCAGGUCUGACGAUGUGCCAGGGACGAGAUCAUGUGUUCUGGCAUCUCAUUGGAAUGGAAACGUCUACAGGGAUCCACUCCAUACAGCUCCAGGAUCACACUCUGCAGGUGAUGGCCCACCGUAAGGUUACUGUGGAGAUGACCCCUAUGACCUUCACCACGGCGGAGAUGAAGCCCAGCACUCAGGGGAAGUUCCUCAUCAGCUGUCAGAUUCAAGAACACCGCCACGCGGGUAUGAGUGCAGUCUUUAAGGUAGAGGACUGCCCAGAGCCUGUGACGGUGCCCGGUCCUGACGUGCGUCGGGUUCAGCAGUCUGAGGAUAAGGAGGACUAUGAAUAUGGAGAUGACAUGUUUGAGACCUUUGUGUUUAAGCCUGGGAAAGGUCAGGCUGUGGGGCGCUCCCGAGGGGGGAAGAACAAAAUCUGGGUCCAUUACAUCGCUGCUGAGGAGAUCAUCUGGGAUUACGCACCCCACCUCAGCCAGGGAGACAGUCAACUGUUUUCGGAAUACUUCCCCAGGGGGCCUCAUCAGCUGGGUCAUGAAUAUAAGAAGGUGGUGUAUGUAGAAUACACUGACCAGACCUUCACCAAGAGGAAAUCACCUGUUAAAAGACUGCUGGGACCACUGCUCAGAGGACAGGUGGACGAACACUUCCAGAUAGUGUUCAAGAACCUAGCAAGUCGUCCUUUCAACAUAUAUCCAAACGGCCUCACCACGAUUUCUCCACUGCGUAAAACAGGGAAUGAGGGUGAAAAGGACCUUCGCUCACUGGCUGUACCCCCCAACGGGACAUAUGGCUACGUGUGGAAACUAACAGCAGAGGACGGGCCCCUGGAGAGAGACCCACAGUGUCUGACCCGUCUGUACCAGAGUACCAUCAACCCUGAGAGAGACCUGGCCACUGGCCUCGUAGGACCACUCCUCAUCUGCAAGAAAGACUCCAUGGACACCAGGGGGCGGCUGGUGGGCCCAGAUAAAGUGAAGCAGUUGAUGUUCGCUGUGUUUGAUGAAAACAAGAGUUGGAACAUCAAUGACAACAUUCAGAAGUACAGCAGAGACCCCUCCAUGGUCAACCCUACAGACCCUGACUUCUACAACUCCAAUGUCAUCUACAAUGUGAACGGGAUCAUGUUCAACGGGCAGAUGAUCCAGCUGUGUAAGGAUGACGUGACCUUCUGGCACCUGGCCAACGUGGGGACACAGAGCGACUUCCUGUCCGUCUACUUCACAGGAAACCCCUUCAUGAGGGACAACGUGUAUGAGUCCGUUCUCACACUCUUCCCAAUGUCUGGGGAGACUGUUACCAUGGAGACCGAGCUAAUUGGUGAGUGGGAGAUCAGUGCUUUCGACAGUAGCCUGAAAAGCCGUGGCAUGAGCGCCCGCUACUCCGUCCUGUCUUGUAACAUUGAACUGCUUGUGGACAACGAGGACCUAGAGUACGGCCUGGAGGACGUCCUGCCUGAUUACGUAGACCAGUUCUUCAAACCGAGAUCCCUCCGCCCCCGGCUACAGAACAGGACCGUAGCCGUCAGAGUCUGCAGGAAGCAACCCAGCUUAAACCAGAACACGACAACACCGAAAACAGGAAAUUACACAGAUAACGAAGUCGCCAUCGGAGAAUCUGGGGACCACGGGUCUGAUAACAAUGUCACAUUUAAGGCAGGGGACCAGAGGUCAAUCUGUGAGGUCAGGUAUGUGACGGUGUUGUCUGCUGACGAGGAAGGCAACCUGCUCUCCCAGGGAGGGAUCCCCACAGACGUUCUGAAGCAACUGGAGAAGGAUGGAGAGUGGAAGGCUUCAGAGACCCAGGAGGGAGGGGGCCUGGGUGGGGAAAAGGGGGGGAAGAGACAAAGACGCCAGGCCAGGGUAGAAGGAGGAGAGGAUGGGGAGGAGGUAGAGGAGGGUGGUCUGGGCAGGAAGCAGGGGGGGAAGAGACAAAGACGCCAGGCCAGGGUAGAAGGAGGAGAGGAUGGGGAGGAGGUAGAGGAGGGUGGUCUGGGCAGGGAGCAGGGGGGGAAUGGAAGACAGAGACGCCAGGCCAGUUUGGAGGGUAGAGAGAGCAACAAGCUAGCGGAGAACUGUGAGGAGGAGGUGCUGAAGGAGUGGAAGGGCCGGGUAUAUGGGGAGGCGCUGGAGCAGGAGCAGAGAGAGGAGCAGAAGGUGGAGGUGUUGGAUCAGCAGGAGGAGCAGGGACAAAAGGGGGAGUUGGAUCGAGAUUCACAUCCUCUAAGCACAUAUCACGCAGAUAAGGACCCUCUACUCUUGGAGUUAGAUGGAUGGAGGGAUCUAGACCCCCUGAAAAACACUUUGAAAGCGCUCCCGGAUCAGCUGAAGGUGCAGCAGCAGAGGGAGGAGCAGAAAGCUGGGGAGGUGCAUCCCCUCAACAACAACCCUCACACAGAUCCGGACACACCUCUACUGGAUUUGUUGGAUCUAGACUUCUCCAAUGUCUCCAAUGACAACGAGACGGCUCCCAGGAACGCAGUGUCUCUGGAGUAUGAUGACUAUAGUGAGAAGGACACUGUGGCACCCUACAAGGGGACAGAGGACAACCUGGACCUGAGGACCACAGAUGGACAUUACCGCAGCUACUACAUCGCUGCGCAGGAGAUCACAUGGGACUAUGGGAUCAGGAAACCACAUCAGCUCAUAAAAACAAGAGAGAGGCGUAGGGGAAUGAGGAAGUUCCUGGUGGAAUAUAAGAAGGUGGUGUUCAGGGCCUACAGUGAGAGAGACUUCCAGAUCCCCGUCACCAGAGGAGAGCUGCAGGAACAUCUGGGACUCAUGGGCCCUAUCAUUAAAGCUGAGGUCAACGACCUCCUUACCGUGACCUUCAAGAACAUGGCGUCCAGGCCGUACUCCCUGCACCUCCAUGGAGUGUAUGAUAAGACCCAGGGUGAUGGAUGGACCCAGACCCAGUGGGGGUCCUCCAGGCCUGGGGUGGCGGGGGUCCCUGGGGAGGCGGUCCAGCCUGGGGAGGUCAGGGUCUACACCUGGAGGAUCACCAGGAAGCAGGGGCCCACCGCUGCAGAGUUUGACUGUAAGGCCGGGGCCUACUACUCUACACAGAAUAAGGUGAAGGACCUCCACUCCGGUCUGAUUGGCCCCUUAGUAAUCUGUAAACCAGGCACCCUCCACCCCCAACUGAACCUACAGCCCAACCUACAGGAGUACGCCCUCCUCUUCCACACCUUCGACGAGACCAAGAGCUGGUACCUGGACGAGAACAUCCGUCAGUACUGCAUCCCACCCUGCCAGGCCCGGAGAGAUGACCCCUGGUUUCAACUCAGCAACAAGUUUGCAGCGAUAAACGGCUACGUGGCAGAGACACUUCCUGGUCUGAUGGUUGCCCAGCACCAGCAAGUCAGGUGGUACCUGCUGAAUGUCGGGGGCAACGGGGAGUAUCACGCCGCCCACUUCCACGGUCUGCCCUUCAGCAUUCACAAGGAGCAGGAGCAUCGCAUGGGGGUGUACAACCUCUAUCCUGGUGUGUUUGGCACAGUGGAGAUGAGGCCGGCCACGGUGGGGACCUGGAUGGUGGAGUGUACAGUUGGAGAGCACCAGCUGGCCGGCAUGAGGGCUAAACUACUGGUCUACAACCCACGAUGCAUGCAGCCUCUGGGGUUGAGGUCGGGAAGAAUAGACGAUUCCCAGAUCACGGCAUCAGACCACAUAGGUAACUGGGAGGCCAGGCUGGCGAGGCUGGAGCUAUCUGGUUCUGUCAACGCCUGGAUGGGCACGAAUCAGAAAUCAUGGAUCCAGGUGGACCUCCAGAGACCCACUCUGCUCCAUGGGAUUCAGACCCAAGGUGCCAGAGCCUCUCUGGGCCUGAAGGACUACUUCAUCGUGCACUUCACCCUCUCCUACAGCCUAGACCAGGAGACCUGGACUAACUACAGGGGGAACAGUACCACGCCAUCCUACAUAUUUAACGGUAACCUGGAUGGCUCAAAGGUGAAGGAGAACCAUCUGUUUCCCCCAAUCCUGGGGCGCUACAUCAGACUGCAGCCUGUCACCAUCCAGAGGAACCCUGCUCUUCGCAUGGAGCUGCUGGGCUGUGACCUCAACAGCUGCUCCUUCCCCCUGGGUCUCCAGAGGAGGUCGGUCCCAGACAGCAGCUUCAGAGCCUCCUCCUUCCUGCAGACCUGGAGGCUCUCUUGGAGCCCCGCCCUCGCACGCCUCCGCCAGGACGGCAGCGCCAACGCAUGGCGCCCCAAGGUCAAUAACCCCCAUGAGUGGCUGCAGGUGGACUUCCUGGUUAUGAAACGCAUCACAGGGGUUGUGACUCAGGGGGCGUGGUCUAUUCUGACUCAAAUGAUGGUGACAGAGUUCUCCGUAACCAUUAGCGAUGAAGGUCACUCCUGGUCCAACGUGGUUGACGAGGAAUCGCAAAGAGAGAAGAUCUUCUUGGGGAACAGUGAGCCAGAUGAGGAGAUGCUGAACCUCUUUGAUCCUCCUCUAUUUGCCCGCUUCAUACGGAUCCACCCCAGAGGCUGGGUCAACGACAUAGCCCUGCGCCUGGAGUUCAUGGGCUGUGACACCCAGCAGCGUCUCUGAGAAACAGAGACAGGGCAGGGGGCCCCACUGUGCAGCUCCACACUCAAGCCCACCUCAUCAUCAUCUCUUCCCUAGAGAAUAUUUAAUGAGCAUAUCAGUGAUGUGAUGAUCAUGAAAUAGUCAUGUCAUUGAUGGAUGAACAGAGUAAGUGAAUCUAGGUAAAAGGUUUGUUUAGCUAGGUUCACGGUCAUAUAUGAUAUACUGUUGUAACUGUCUAUUGAUGAGCUUCAGCUGAGAAUGACUCUUAGGUCUGGUCACUCCACUAUCAACACAUUACGUCAGUUUAUGAAGAUUGACACUCACGGACAGUUUGUUCGUCUCAUUUACAAUGUAUACUGCUACUAACACUAUGACUUCUGACAUUCCAGCUGUGAUCAACCACAUGUAAAUAGUACAAUUUAAAUGUUAUUAUUUGUCUGGAUGGAUGUAUGCACAGUAUACUAUACAGUACUGCACAUGCAAUAUAUCAUAUGCACUGAGGGGAGAGGGAUUUAGUUUAUAUUGUUAAAUAAACAGAGGUCACUGUU